AUGUUGAGCAAGAUCUUUGGUGGAAAGCCCACGGCGCCCCCCCCACCUGGGCCACCGCCCCCAGGGGCCCCAGGGGCUCCCGAUGCGCCACCACUGCCUCCUCCAGCUGAGCCUCCUCCACCCAUGGGCUCAUGGACCUCAGGGCCUUCGAUUCCUGAAGAGCCGCAGGAUCCACCGCCAGAUCCUCCCCCUCCAGGGCCGCCGCCACCACCGAAGGCUUCUAAGCCUGGAUGGUUCAGCUCACUCUUUAGCUCCAAGCCGAAAGCUCCAAGUCCACCACCAGGUCCUCCAGCACCGGAAGCUCCCAAUCCACCAGAUGCGAACCUUGCAAAGGCAGGGCCACAAGUACCGCCGCCUGCCGCGACAUUGCCAGCUCCAGCUUUACCACCACCAACCACUAACUUGCCACCACCAUCUGCCACAUUGCCAGCUCCCAACUUACUCCCACCACCUUCCCUACCAGCUCCAACAGCCUUGCCACCACCCACCUCCACCUUCCCCAAUGCCCCAGCCCCCGCGGCAUCUGCACCGGCGCCAGCAACGGCACCAACGGCUGCCGUGGCACCUGCCCCUCCGGCGCCCCCCGCAGGGCCUCCGCUCAGCAGUUUGCCUCCGCCGGCGCGGCGACCGCCGCCGAACGCGCGGCGCCCGGCGCAGAUGAAGCCACAGGACUUGGAGGAGGCGCUCCACAGCUGGCUGAGCUUCUGGGAGGAUUGUCGUUCCUUAGGACCCACUCCAGCAGCCUCCGGAGCGCAUGGACACGAGGCCGCGCGGCUCUUCGUGCUUCGGAUCAGCAGCGUGGGCGAAACGGAGGUGCCCUUCUCAGCGAAUGGCACUCUCCAGAAGCCAGCCUUGGCACGCCUGGCAAAGGCGGCGGAGGAAGAAGCACCGGAGGCAGUCUCUAUCCAUGUGAGGCUCUCUUUCGUACACACUCCCUUGGGAGGAAAGCCUGAGAUCUAUGGCCACAGCUUUCUGGGACCCCGGCUGCAGAUGCAACGCGUCCAAAGCCGCAUCAGUGGCAGUGAAGGGCACCUGGUGGCCAUGGCCUCAGCAGACCCCCCAGCGCUCUUCUUCUUCCGCUCCGCCAUCGCCAGCAAAGAGCUCCGGCUUUUGGCCGAAGUCCUGGCCUUUGAGGAGCCACCCAGACAAGCCACCGCCUCACAGCCAGCAGUGAACAGGAUCUGGAAGCUCGCUUUGCCCAAGGCCAAGGCUGUGCCGAAGCCGAAGCCCAAACCGAAACCCAAGGCGCAGCAUCCUCUUGGGCCCUGA